AUGGACCUCCCCAUCCAGCUUGUGUAUGCGGCGGCAAGCAACCCCAUCCCGCAGCAGCGCGUGCGGCACCCAGCUACGAUGCGAUUAUCGCCGACGCGCCUGUUGUGCGCAGCCAUCCUCCUCCUCACUUUGUUUCUCAUCUCCUUCGUCACACGUCUGCUCUUCGGCCAGCGCGGAUUCGACAUCCUCCCAGAGCGCCCCAGUGCCAAUGCCGUGCGCUCCCGCCCCAAUGCGCCAGACGUCCAGUACGGAGAGGAAUGCGCGCCCUUUAGGGCCGGCGCGCUCGACGAUGUAACAAUUGUCUUGAAGCUCGGGGCGGGCCAGGUGGCCACUCAGCUGCCCUCGUACCUCUCGCGCCUCAGCCGCUGCACCCAGAACGUGCUUUUGUUCUCGGAUCGGAAGGCCGAAUACGGCGGCUUCGACAUCGUUGACACGCUCGCGAACCUGCGCCCUGAGUACAAGUACAACAACCCCGACUUCGACAUCUACGACAAGAUUCAGCAUGCGGUUGUGCUGGAGGAGAAGACGACCGAGGGCUGGCGAUUGGACAAGUACAAGUUCCUGCCUAUGAUUGAGCUCGCGGAUGCGCGGCGCCCAAAAUCGAACUGGUUCUUGUUCUUGGAACUGGAUACGUACGUCAAUUGGGACAACAUGCAGCGCUUCCUUGCGUCGUUCGACCCAAAGACGCCACACUAUUUCGGCUCGCCGGUCUGGCCUCCCAAGAAGCCCGUCUUCGCGCACGGCGGAAGCGGCUUUGUUCUUUCACGAGGGGCAUUCAACAAGCUCAUGGCCCGCGGGAGAAUGUUCGCUGAAAACCAUCGUUCUCCGGGGACACAUCUUUUCGGGAAGGACGUUCGCAAGGAAUGCUGCGGUGACGAGGUGCUGGCGAAGGUGCUCAAGGAGAGCGGCAUCUCUGUCAAGGGGUACUGGCCCAUGUUCAACGGCGAAAGUCCCUCUUCGAUAUGUUUCACCUGGGAACAAUGGUGCGAGGCCAUACUCACGCUGCACCACGUCCAGCCAGACGAGUUCGCGAGCCUGGAGCACUGGGAGGCGAAUCGCGCUCAACGCUCGAAACCGCUUACUUUCGAGGAGCUAUUUACGCACAUCGAGCCCGGGCUUCAGGAGCGAAGGGAUGACUGGACGAACUUAUCUGAAGACAUUACUUAUAAGGGCAAGAAGACAGCGGGCAAAUCCUGGGAGUCCUGCCGUGCAGCCUGCUCCCGCGUCCACAAAUGCAUGCAGUACGAGCACUUCGGGGAGACGUGUCGCCUGUCGCGUAGCAUACGAUUGGGUCACGAACAACCCGCCAGCGGCGCCGCAAAGUACACGUCCGGAUGGAUGACGAGCCGCAUCCAGUCGUUCAAGACGAAACAUACGAAGAAGUGCCACGGCGCACACUUCCCACACGCGAACCCUCGCUGA